UCACAAUAGACCACGAAUAUCAUGUCGCCAUGGAGGUGGUGUCAACCACUGAUUAGAAUCGGAACUUCGUGAAAUAUGAGAAUUUAAGUGUUAGCAUUGAUAUUGUAGGUUAUUGCAAUACAGUUUCCUCCAUUAAAUAGUUGGAGCGUAAUAAUGGACUGCUGGCAAUCUUCUUCAUGGCGAAUAUGUUCCGCUUGGGUGUUUCUUUUAGUUCUAGAUUUGACAUAUGAUGUUUGUGGCACUACAUCACAAAGUGAAGUAGAUAAACAUUUAGAGAUGGGGAGAGACUUAUUAAGUCGAGGGCAGUUACAGGAUGCAUUGUCACAUUACCAUGCAGCUGUAGAGGGUGAUCCAAAUAACUAUCUGACUUACUUCAAACGAGGAACAGUCUAUCUGGCAUUAGGCAAGUCCAAAUUUGCUCUCAUGGAUCUGGACAAAGUUCUGCAGUUGAAACCUGACUUCAGCUCAGCAAGAUUACAAAGAGGAAUUGUUCAUCUGAAGCAAGCACAAUUGAAUGAGGCAAAGGCAGAUUUCAAGAAAGUGCUGGAGGACGAUCCAUAUAAUGAAGAUGCUCAGCAUGGUCUUAACAAAGUGGAACCAACAAGAGAAGAUAUUUCUGUGGCCAAAUCUUUGGUCCGAGGAAGAGAUUACAAAGCAGCCAUUGACUUAAUUACAAAGAUUAUAGAGGUAUGUCCCUGGUCAUCUGCUCUGCGUGAAUUACGUGCAGACUGCCAUGUAGCUGUGGGAGACACAAUGUCUGCCAUAUCUGACAUACGGUCUACAACCAAACUGCAGUCGGACAACACUGCAGGUUUCUUUAAGCUUGCUACUCUGUACUAUCAGCGUGGAGAACCUAGUGAAUCACUGAAGGAAGUUCGGGAAUGUCUGAGGUUGGACCCAGAGCAUGAAGAUUGUUUCCCCCAUUAUAAGAUUGUAAAGAAGGUGGAUAAGCUUAUCAGCGAUGCUCAGGAAGACAUAAACAGUAAAGACUAUCAAGAUUGUAUUGAUAAUGCAAACAAGGUGCUGAAAUUGGAAACAUCAGUGAAGAUGAUAAUCUUCUUGGCAAAAGAGAAGUUGUGUCACUGUUAUCUACAUAGUGAUCAGUUGACACUAAGUCUUCAGAGCUGUCGAGAGGCUCUUGAGAUCAAUAAAGACCCGAGAGUGUACUGUGACAGAGCGGAGGCCUAUAUAAAUAGUGAAAUGUUUGAUGAUGCUAUACAUGACUAUCAGGAGGCAUUAGAGUUGGACGAGAACUUUAAUCGAGCCAAGGAAGGCAAGCAGCGUGCUCAAAAGCUUCAAAAGCAGGCAGAACGGCGGGAUUAUUACAAAAUACUAGGUGUUACCAGAACGGCCAACAAGAGGGAUAUCAUUAAGGCUUAUAGGAAAGCUGCUCAGAAAUGGCAUCCAGAUAAUUUUCAAGGUGAUGAAAAGAAAAUAGCAGAGAAAAAAUUUAUAGAUAUAGCAGCGGCCAAAGAAGUAUUAACAGAUCCAGAUAAACGUGAGAAGUAUGACAAUGGUGAAGAUCCGUUGGACCCCGAAGCUCAAGGAAAUCAAGGCUUUAACCCAUUUCACCAUCACUUCCAUGGUAGUCCUUUCCAGUUUAAGUUCCACUUCAACUGAGAUUAAGGGAAUCUCAAAAAUCUGCUGCCACUGAAUUGCAAUAGCAUGAGUAUCAAUGUUAACUAAACACUGUUCAGUAAGCCACGGUGAUUAGUUACCAUAUUGCUGAGUUUGUUACUCAUGUCCAAGUAUUGUGACCUGGCUACAGCUUUACAGUUACUUGUCCUGUUGAUAAGAUCACAUUGUGAUAAGGAAGUUCAAUAUUACAAUAUGUGAUUAUUUUUCAGAUCAGCGAGGAUAUUCUGCAACAUUUGUGAAAUCUUGAACUAAGACUGGAUUAUUUAUGUUUAAUAGAAAUAGCAUCUCUGGUUUGAUGUUUUUUGACAGUAACUAUAAAAUAAAAUCUGUUUAAGGUAAGCACAAUGUGUAGCAUCAGAUAUUACUAAAAUAUGGCAAUACUGUAAAAAGACAGAAGAUCAUAUAAAGGAAAUAAAAUUGUGCAGGUUAUAACAGUUGAUUUUGAUAGGACGUCUCAAACGAUUAGAAUUUUUGUUUGCAAACAAGGCUGACCAAUUGAACUAUUAUGGAACAGCAUAUCAUUCUGUGUGUUUUCUUUUCAUUUGGUCUUUAUAUGAAGCAUCCUGAAGUGUUUUAAUAAAACAGAUAAAUUAUGGCUUCGUAUUUCAUCCUUCCUAGUGAAUUUUCAGUUUUUGCAGUAGAAGAACAUGUUAAUUGGGGAAGGUACACUGAGCAAGGCUGUGGUUUGGGCUGUAACAUUCGUAAAGGAUGUACUCUUCAUAGUGUGCGUGAUAUUGGUUUUGCCUUACGUUUCCUCUACCUGCUGAUGCUGUUGCACUGUUUGGUCAUCUCUGGAUGAACUGCUUUGUGAUCUGAUACUGAUGGUUAUGCUUCCAGUAUUUCUAAAGUUGUGCCAGGUUUUCAGUGUUGCAGAUGAAGCACAGUUAACUAUGUAACUUGAAGCUUAUAAUUCGAAGUAACAGCACCUUCUGCUGUGAAAGAUGGACAUACAGCAAAUUAAUGUUUUAAUUAAAACCACACCAACAACUGCAAUAAUGUUGGGAAAGUCCCUGCAGUAUUUCCACCAUAGUAAUCUGAAAUAUUUUUAGAAUAAUGUGUGUAUAAAUAUAUAUAUGUUUUCAGAUUUAUGAUGCUACUCAUUGUACACCAUAACUUUCUCAAUUCAGGAAUCAUUCAAGGGUGACACUGAAGCACGUGAAAGUUUGUCACUUUUGCUGGUGCAUUUACAUUUUUGCCUGCAUGGUGGUGAUCUGAACAUCACUCACAGGAUCAUACUUUGCUUCUCCGAUGUUUUGCUGGAGUUUCAUCUUGUGGCCGAAUGGUCCUAUGAAUUUCAUAACCCACCACAAAUUAAAAUUAAAAUUGUAUGUGUGUAGAUAGCCAACAAAUAUAUUGUCCUAUUCUAAAGAAAAAAUUUUCUUGCACAGUUGUGCCAAAUUUUGAUAUUGUUAAAAUAUAAUCAGUGUUGACAUUUGAGGUUCUCUGAGCAUUGAAGAUGUUGAUGUUGGUCUUAUGGGUUGAAAUUCCAUGUGGACUGUUAGAUAAAUGCCAGCAUUUCAGAGGAAAUACUGCAUCCCUGAAGAUGAAUGUGUUGGUGUCUACCUACAAGUCUACACAGAAAUGUAUCCCAGAAGAUGUCAACAUACUGCAAUGUAAUUUCAAAAAUGUCUUUCAAAUCUUGUAAUACUUUUUAGUUUUACCUUUGAUUCUGUUGGUUAUCAUUUACUUGGUAUCUUAAAGCCACAUGAUACAAUAUUUUCAGAGAACAGGACUGUGGCAACAAAGACUUUUCACUUGAAGGUUUCAUGUUAACUUAAAUAUAAUUUGGAAUUUGGUCAUAUUUGACUUAUGUUUAAAUUUUAUGCUUCUAAUGUAGAACAGUGAUGUAAAGAACUAGUCACAGAUCUGGGUUAUGAAGUUACGGGGUUAGAGACUAGAUGACAUUCUAGUAACACGUAGAAAGAUCCUCCUGAAGUAAUUAAUUAUACAUGGUUUACUUUUGUGUAUUGUACCAGGAUGUGACUAUAGAUCACUGGAUAUUUUGUGCUUAUGGCAUUAUUGUAAUUGGGCGCUGCAAUGUAGAAAUUCUGCAACUGAUCAUUGUUCUGAUAGCGGUGUUUCAGUUUUGUAAGUGUCUAUGUUGGAAGAUAAGGGACAGCAGUGUUUGAAUGACGUGGAACAGAGACUGCUGAUGUCAGUGUGAACCAAUGCUGUAAGCGAAUCUUCCAAUCAGAUGUAGCAGGUAAAUGAGUCAAACCAUAGUGAGUGUUUUAGAGAACUGUCACGAGAAGGGCAUUUUUUAUGAACAACUUUAAAGGAGGAAAUUAAAAGAAACAGAUUUGCUUAGUUACAUAUAAAUUGAAUGGAAUAAUAGAAAAAACAUUUUCAUUUAUUAGCCUGUAUGCUGCAAGUUUUGCCUCGGUGUUGAAACAGAGAUGCGGGCAACUUUCCUAUUUUUCUUUAAAAUUAAACCACUUUAAUGUAAUUGGAGUUUAAACUCCAUGACUUGGUUUUUAAAAUGAAUUUUGGUCUCUUAAAACAUCAGAGAACUCUAUAGAAGAAUUUAUAACUAACAAUUAGCUACUUGUCUUUGUCAGUAUUGUUACUUUUAGGUUAUGUCUAAACUUUAAUAAUAUCUUUUUUUAUUGGCUUUUUCUUGUGCUUUGCAUUGAUGUAGCAAAUUCAGUGUUAAUCUCGUUAUUCUAAUUGUGAAUUGUUUUUUUUACUGUUGUCCAAACAUUCCACCUUACCCUUGCUUGCAGAAUCAUUUUUACUGGUCUGAAUCAACGGUUAUGUAGCGCUGUGAUUCAUCAGAAUACUGUUCAGCUUGCUGAUAUUAACAUUGGUCUGUUAAUUAAUAAAAUCAUUUGUUCUUAGCAAGAAAAUUUAUUUCAGUGCGCUUGCAGUGAGUAAGAACUGUAAUGUGGUAGCUUCAUACAUAAAUCUUACCUUUAAGAUGAGAUUGUGGUUCAUUUCCUACCUGUUUAUGAACAGGAUAUUAGAGAUGUCUAUUUCAGAUGGAAUUGCUCUGUUCCAACAUUUUUCAUCCCUAAAUAUACUUCAGUGACAUAAUAUUGUUGUUUCAGCAUCUUCAUUUCUUAACUUUUCAUUUCAAAAAGAAACACCAAAAUAAAAAUUAUAAUAAAUGUAGCUUUAGCGAAAGUUCGAUACGAGAUUAUGAGGACGGAGUAGACUGAGCUAUUGGUAUGUUUCGUGGGGUCUGAGGGGUUUGGUCGUGCUAUGAUUUAUCAGAUGAACGCCGUAUAUGGCCCCAGUUACAAUGAUGUUCAUUAACGGAUUGUGUUGUUAAGAAUUCCUUGUGACAGUGUGUGGAAUAUUUUCUAAGAUUUGGUUGUUAUAAAUGGAAAUUGCGUGUAAAGAAAUGAUUGAUCACUUUUAAUAGUGAUAUGCCAUACAGUAGGCUUAUUACAGUUUUCUUGGCAGGAAAUGCCACGAGAAACAAAGUCAGAGGUCUAUGAAGAAAUCCUAUGUACAAAAUCAAGGGCAAGUCAGUCAUACAAGAUUUGCAACUAGUCGGAGCCUGUGAGUUUCAGACAUCCGAUUUUAUUUUGUUUUAUUUGUAUUUAAAUAUCUAGUAUGUGCUGCUGUAAACAGAAGAAACUAUUUUCUCCAUGGUGUUUGGUGGUGACUGAUGAAGCAGUGUGUGUGUGCGUCAGUGUGUAUGGUUGUGUGAUAUGUAUAAAAUUAAUAUUAAUAAAAAUAAAAUUUGUACAUACACUUUA